AUGACCUCUCACACUAUCUUUUGCUUUUCCUUUUUCAGCUCGACUUUUGAGCUGUUUAGGAAGCCAGGCAGGAUUUUGUGGAAGCGACACUUCAACCACCUUGCUACGUGUUUCAAUGGUGUGAAUAACGAAGAGCUAGCCGAAGGAAAUUUGGAGAACUUUUUCGAGAUCUUGCGAGCAGUUGUACUUAAGAAGCUGAACAUAUGGCGAGACGUCAUAGCCUUCUUAGAGUUCGAUUUUAUUCCUGUGUGUUUGUUGAAGAUAUCUAAGGAGAUAUGCACACUACUAGUUGACUUCCUGCUUACUCUUGCCCAUGAUCUGGAGACACUGGACGCUGAAGAUUUCCCGCUGAACGCUCUCCACGCAACAUCAACUUUCGAGCGAUUUUUGUUGAAGCAAGACGAAGAAAUUAUUACCGGUACUCGACAGAUGGCAUUCCUGGAUGCGUCACUCUCACCGAUACUCCCAUCACAUACGGCAUGUGCCUAUACAUAUAUUGCUGCUAACUUAUUUGAAACACCCUUUGAUAGCGAUAAAAUGAGUAUGCAUUUGGAGAAAUGUUGA